AAUUUUGCGCCAAACACAACAACAUUAUAACACAGCAGUCAGCGGUGUUCUGUGUGUGUGAAGUCAACAUUCUGAAAGAGAUAGUGUGAAAGGAACAGGCAAAGUAAGGGAGUGUCCAGUCAGCGAGAGUCCCCAUUCAACAUGGAUGUGGAGCUACAAGCCACGUGCAGCGCCCUCGGUUACCUGGAGGGAAAUCAGUAUGUCAAAGAACCAGACUGCUUGGAAACCGUCAAAGAUCUGAUUCGAUUUCUGCGACGUGACACGGACAUUUGCGACAUUCGACGACAGUUGGGGCAUGCCCAGAUUGUACAGAAUGACCUCAUCCCAUUGGUCAAGAGCUACCACGCAGACAAGGUUUUGUUCGAGACCAACAUCAAACUGUUGGUGAACUUGACUCAGCCGGUGAUCACCUGCUUCAACAACCAGAUCCCGGACGAGAAAACGCUGAGGAACUAUUGCCUGGAGGUGGAGUCACACCUGCAAGACGCAAAAGAGGCCUUUGCUGAUGAGGAACUGUUUGGUGUGCUGACAGAGAAAGUCAAGGAUAUUCUCAAACAGGACUGGACGGAUCGGCGAGAGGAAGACCGGCUGCAGCUGGAAAGACUGUUUGUCUUGAUCCGGAAUGUUCUGAUGAUUCCCCCUGACCCAGCCAGGGAGCAGAGAACUGAUGAUGAUGCCACGAUACACGACCAGAUUUUAUGGGCCCUCCACACAAGUGGCAUGGAGGACCUCAUUCUCUACAUCGCCAGCUCCGACCGCGAGCGAACCAUGCUGUGUAUGCACAUCAUGGAGAUUAUCUCGCUUAUGUUCCGAGAACAGAGCCCAGAGACCCUGGCAUCUGCUGGCGUGCAGCGCUCCACGACAGAGAAACAGAGGGAUCAAAAACAGUUGGAGCAGGCCAGAGAGAAGGAGAGAGCGCAGAAGAAAGCAAAUAUCCUGAAAUUCAGCGCAAGGCACUCAAGAUUCGGCGGCACGUACGUGAUUCAAGACAUGAAGUCGAUCAGCGACAGCAACGUCAUUUACCACAAGCCCCUGUGUGAAGUCAAGUCGUUCUCCUACGACGACGGCAAAAGCCGCAAGAAGAUCUCGAAAAACCGCGCCCCCAUCAGGACGGACAACCCAACCCGGCGGUCGACCUUGAGCAUGCGGCUCAGCCUGAAGGAGUUCUGCGUGCAGUUCUUGGUCAACGCCUACAACCCGCUCAUGCGGGCAGUCAAGGAUGGUUUGACACGCAAAACGACACAGGACAACGACGAGACGUACUACCUGUGGGCCAUGAGGUUCUUCAUGGAGUUCUGUCGACUUUGCUGCAAGAGAGUGGAUCUUGUCAGUGAGACCAUGUCUAUGCCAGCCUUCCACUACAUCUACACGCAGCUGUGUACCUACUACGAGAAUGUGCAACUGGGCAAAGGGGAGGACGCCAAAGUGUGGGGCAGGAGGUCUCAUCUGGCCCUGAAGGCGUACCAAGAACUUCUGAAAACCUUGGACUUCAUGAGCCGUUCCCGAGACAAGCAGAUUCAAGAGAGUGCAAAAGUUAUUCAAAGCAACGUGUUCUAUAUGAUAGAGUACAGAGAUAUCUUCGUCACUCUUCUCAAGCGCUUCAAGGAGUCCAAAAGCUCUCGGGCGUACUUACGAGACCUAGUGGAGUCGACCCACAUUUUCCUCAAGAUGUUGGAACAUUUCACCAAGGGAAAUAAGCGUCUGGUUGUCCAAAAAAAGUCCAAAGGAAGGAGGAAGAAAAAAACUCGUCAGAAUGUGUCAAAUGGAGAGCCCCCGGCGGAGCUGAGUGAGGAAGAUCUGACCGUCCUGUGGGACACCAGCGUCUCUGACCAACUGACCGCUGCGCUGGACGGCCGCACGGAGCUGCCGCAGGACGUCACGCCUUUCGACGCCACUCUGGACAUGGCACUGGACGACCAGAGAAUCGACACCAUGCUGAGGGUGCAGUCUUGCCUGAGGGACGGGAACGUUGCCGAGGCAACCGCGCUGUUCCGCGCCGCGCGAGAGGUGUGGCCUGAGCAGGAGGAGUUUGGGUCGGAGGCUAUGGGUCUGGAGGAGGAGUUGGCAGCUCUACGGGAGAUCUUCAUGGCUGCGCUGCCUCUCACAGAUCCCAGUGGAGGAGAAUGUGGAGGACAUUGAAGGGCAGGAUGUGGAGGAGGAGGAGAUGGAGGAAGUGAGGACGUCGGAGCAGGAGUUUGACUUCAAGCUGUUUAUCUCUGAUUUUGCCCACCAAGACGUCGUCAAAACUUACGCCACGCUGCUCUGCGAGUUUCCGGAGAAUUCCGACUCGGUGAACCACUGCCUGGUCAAGAUGAUGCACCGAGUCUCUCACGACCUGGGCUACACCGGGAUGUUAUUCCAAGCGUCCGUGUUCAAAACCUUCAGCUCGCUGCUGCAUGGGCCGUUUGCCAAGAUGCCCAGAUACAAGGAGCUGUCCAAGUUUGCCUGCUUUGUGGUGCGACAGUUCACGGCCAUCGCCCAGGUGAACAAGAAAGUGUUUGUGGACCUCAUGUUCUGGAAGACGAGGAACGAAGCUCUGGCCAUCACAGGGGAUUACGACUUUAACUCCAAAAGCAAAGGCAAGAUCCUGUGGAAGGAACAUGAGGAGCAGGAACUGCAGGCGUUGUUUGAGAAGUACAAAGAUGCCGAAGACCCCGAGCUGGACACUGUGGAGCUGAUUCUGUCGGAGCUGACCUCGACUCACACGCGCAUGCAGGUCCUACGGGAGCUCAAGAAGCAAGGGCUCAUCGCCAGCGCCAAGGACAUCAGGAAGAAAAAAUCUGGCGCCAGCAAAAAGUGGACAGAUGAGGAAGUUCAGCAACUGACCGAUGCUGUCAAUCUGCACCGAGAGGCGGACCAUCCUAUGGCAGGCAUCAUGUCCAGUGUAGAGGCUCUGGGCAAAUCCAAGCAAGCGGUCACCAGGAAAAUUCUGGAACUUGGUCUGGUCGCUGAUCGGCAGGAGCUGCGGAAGAAGAAGAAAGGAAGAGGAAGUGGACGAGGGGGCAGGAGGAGCGAGAGCGAGGAUGGCGGGCGGAGCGGCAGUGAGAGUGACGAGGGGGAGCGACUCUUCCCGGAGAGGAAGAAGAGAAGCCGAAGAAGGAGCUGGGGUAGUGAUAAUGGCUCCACUGACGAAGAAGAUGAUGAUGACGAUGAAGAUGUGCAGUUACUUGUGAGGCAGGCGGCGUCGACUGUCGGCGACUACGUUAAGAGGCUUGUGGAGAACGGAUACAAGGAUCAGAUUGCCUGGAUACAGAGAGGUCUGAGAAACACGGCAGAGGAUCGGGAAGAAGGGGUUUGUGUGCCCACCCCAAUCGUUCCUCUCACAGAGGAGAAUGAAACGGCCAUGGAAGAUGAGCUCUUUUUGAUCUUCUUAAGGUCAAUCGGGGUGACACCUCCGGCUAAUGAGCAGGAAAAGUUUUGGCGAAUCUCAGCUGCGCUUUCUGCAGCUGACCUGCUCAGCAUUGCGGACGGUUUGACGGUCGGUGAGUCAGGGGAAGCAACUGAUGCGGACGGGGUUCAGAGUGUCGUGUCCCGCGUGUUCCCAGAUUUGUUUGCCGCUCCCAGCCGACCGUCUACAUCCUCUUCCUCAAAGUCUGAAAGGAAGAAAACAUCGAAGAAAAGCAAAAGGGCCAAAGAUGGUCGAGAAAAGUCGAAAAAAGAAAAGAAGAAAACGAAUGUCGAUAAAAAGAGGCAGAAAAAGCAGAAUGACGAAACAGACGAAAGUGAUGGGCACGUGUCUGAUGAGAAUGCCGAUGUUGGAAACGACGACAGAGCUUCCUGUCCGUCUGCUAGUGGCAGUGACGGCAGCUCAGACGACAACUCUAGCAGCUCCGACAACGACGAUAACACUCCGGUGAAGAAAGAAAAGUUCCGUCCGAAAUUACCGACAGCGUCGAAAGACAGCGAUACGAGCGACUCUGGUUUGGACCUGGAUUUAGAGGCGAGAGAACAGGAGAGACUUUGGCAGGAAAGGAAGAAUGCGAAGAAGGGUGGGGAAAAGAAGAAGAGUGGUGAAAACAGUGAAGGAAGGAAGAAGAGUGGAGAAUCCAGACGAGCGGCGCUGCAGAAAAUGAUAGAGAAAAAGAACAAGAAAAGGGAGAGAUCAGACAGGGGGAAGAACAGAGCAUCCAAAGAAACAUUGCCUAAUUCUGGCACAACCGAAGUGUCGGCAGAGGAUGGUCAGGGUGCCGGGGUAGCUGACGGAGAUGUCGCGUCAGUGGCACGUCUGACAGGUGACAGAGACGACGACUCGUCAGUCGCACGUUCGGGACAGGAAGAGCGUGAAACCUCCUCAAAGUCUCCGGGAAAUGACAAGUCGAACAAGAGGAAACGGGGCAGGAGGAUUGCUAUGCUGGGCUCGGAUUCAGACAGUGACGUGGAAACCAAGUCCAGAACUGGGUCAGCAGCUCUGGGUGUCCAGGAGGAAGAGGAGGAGGGGGCAGAGGUCAAGGUCAGCUCCCGGAGUGUGUCACCACCAGCCAACGGCGGCACGGCUGGCAAGGUUAACAAGAAGAGGGCUUUGGAGUCGGACAGUGACAGUGAUGACAUAGGAGGAACCACCAACAGCACCACUGAGGGGAAGCGAGGGACGGAGACUCCUAAGAGAGUCCGAGUCAUGCAGUCCGAUGAUGAUGAUAAUGGUGAUGAUGGUGGGAAUGAUAAUGGUGAUGAUGAAGAGAGAGGAAAUGUGUCUAGGACUGAGAUGGACAUCAGCAGCGUCGUCCCCAGUGAUGAGAACAGUGACAAGGAGAAUAACAACGAGUCUAUCCUGGAUCAAAGUGGAGCAAGUCAGUCACAGAGCCAACAGGACGACAGCCUGAGGCUACACUUUGACACUAGCAGUGAUGAGGAGGGGGAGGACAAGGACGGAGAGGACAAGGAAGAGAAGAAAGAGGACGCUGACGCCAGCAAGGGAGAGAAUGCUGGUGCCGACCAGGAAGAGGAACCAGAGCCAGUCGACGAUGAAUCCACACCGGCAAAACAAGCUGGAGAAUCAUUCCCGGCCACCCUGUUCACCCAAGGACUCGACUCUGACGACGAAGAUAACGACCACAUUCCCCUUCGGGCGGUGAUGAGCAAGAAGAAAAAACCCAUGGUCAUCGAUGAUGAGGAUGACGACGACAAUGAUGAUGUUUGAGGGAUGACUGGCCUCACUGACCAUUGUUGACAAUUGAUGCUUUUAAGCACAAGGCUGCUAUCGCAAAAAAUGCUGUUUUGAGAAAAUCGAAGACAAAGUUUU